CUGCCUCCGUCGUCAUCGUGUUGGCUCCUCUGCAAGCUCCCCUCUGCUCCUCUUGGAAGCUCUGCCCUCUCUCGCCGGUGGUCUGCUCUGCAACGGCGCAACCUGCACCGACUCCAAGUUGGAAAACCGUCACUGACUCUGUUUCUGCUUCUGCUGUAGGAUUGUAUUGGGAUUGAUUACCGGUAGGCAUAGAAUGGAGAAGGGCUUAAGUAGCAUCACCACCAGCAGCAGCAAGGAAGGGUUACCUCUCACCCCUCAUUCCAACUUCAAAACUGCUUCCACCGACGAUGACCUCGCUCACAUCCUCUUCAACAUCAAAUCCUCCAAAACUUCCGCUGUUAUCAAUUAUGGCGCCUCUUGGUGCCGCGUGUGCAGUGAAAUCCUCCCUGCAUUCCAUAGAUUGAGCAAUAAUUUUCCAAAGCUCUCCUUCGUCUAUGCAGAUAUUGAUGAAUGCCCAGAAACAACUCAACACAUUCGAUACACCCCUACUUUUCAAUUUUUUCGAGAUGGUGAAAAGGUAGAUGAAAUGUAUGGUGCUGGAGAAGAGAGGCUGCGUGAUCGCGUCUGGUUGCACUCUUGAGUACACUAUACAAUGUCAUUUUUAUUGUCAGAGUUAGGUGACAUGCUUGCAAUUUUCCAGUAGAUGUAACAUUGUGAAUCAUGAACAAUUCAGUGAAUAUUCAGGCAAACCCAGUAUCCAAUGUUUCCAUUUGAAA